AUGGCAACAAGUCUUUGUAUUAAUAAUGUUCCAGAAAAGAAACCGUGUCCUUACAUGGAAAAAUGCUAUCGAAGAAAUCCGAUUCAUUUCAAUGAAAUGUCACAUCCACAUUUAGAAACAAUUGUAAAAAAACAGUUAGAAGGUGAAAUACAAGUACCUGAAAAACUUGAUUUUGAAUGUUCUGAUCGAUCUCUCUUGUUGGAUCAAUUGAAGAUUUUACAAAUAAUAUUAAGAAGAGAAAAAGCAGGAAGUGAUUCUUCGAUCAAAGAAUUAAAUUCUAAACUAAGUAAUACCAGCAUAAAAAUGAAAAAUGAAAAUAGUACUAUGAAUAGUCAAGAUUUAAAAGAUAAAGUAGAAAAACAUAAGCAAAUAAUGUUUCAAAGAAGAGAAAAUAAAUUGAAAGAUAUGGAUGAAGAAGCAGAGGCGCUUUUUAAAGCUUCCAAUGACAAAAAAAAUAAGGAUCAGUAUAAAGUUUCUAAAAUGAAAGAGGAUUUAGAUAGUCUUAAAAUAAUAGAAGAAAGCAUAGAGAAGAAUUCUUCUCAAGAAAAAAAGAGAGAUAAUAGUGAUUUUCAAGAUAAUGAAAGGCAUAAUAAGAAAUCAAAAUCAAGUCAUAGCAAACAUGCUGAAACAGAUGAAAAAUAUGAUUCUAGAAAUAGUCAAGAGCAAUCACAAGAACCAUCUUUGAUAAAAGUAUUUCAAUCGUGCAAAUCUACAAGAGAGAAAGCAAUUAAAAUGAUGAAGAAGCAUGGAUAUGAAACAUGUUUAUCGUCUUUGGUUGAGCCAGGAAAUUUUGCCAUGAAAUAUGCUUGUUCAGCACCGUAUCAUAUAUUUUUUUCAACAAUUAAUAGAUCAAGAGAAACGUACGAUCAAGCAUUUUCUAUAACACUUCCUGAAAUUCUAGAUAUUAGUUUAGGAGAAAUAGUAAACAGCCUCCACAUUAAUUUUAUGGUUGAUAUUGGAUGGCUACACGUGCAAUAUAUGUUGGCUGAACAAAACACAAAUAUGUCCAUUUUACUCGGAGAAAGAGUAGAUACAGGACCAGUGGGUUCAAAUGUUACCAUGUUUUAUGUAGAUAUGCCAACAAAAUUUGGUUGCCAUCAUACCAAAAUUAUGAUUUUAAAAUAUAAAGAUGACGGAAUACGAGUCGUGGUAUCUACCGCGAAUUUAUACAUGGACGAUUGGGAGAAUAGAACACAAGGAGUUUGGAUAUCACCGCAUCUUCCACCAUUGUCAGAAUCUGCAAAUUCCAGUGAAGGAGAAUCACCGACGGGUUUCAAGAAGGAUUUAGAACGCUAUUUGAAUAGAUAUAGACAGCCAGGUAUAACAGAAUGGACUUGUGCUGUAAGAAGAGCAGAUUUUUCUUCGGUAAACGUAUUUUUUUUGGCUUCUGUUCCGGGGAGACACACGGAUAUGGAAUAUGACUCUUGGGGACAUAGAAAAUUAGGUUCCAUUCUUUCCAAACACGCUAAAUUACCGCCUGAUGCGCCCCAAUGGACAUUGGUUGCUCAGAGUUCGAGUAUUGGUAGCUUAGGUCCUAAUUACGAGACUUGGCUUCAGAAAGAAAUUACAUCCUCGAUGUCGAAAGAAAAUCCAGUAGGUUUAAAAAGUCAUCCGAAUUUCCACUUCAUUUAUCCGUCUUUAAACAAUUAUAAACGAAGUUUUGAUUGUCGAGUUGGAUCUUGUUGUCUACCGUACAGUCUUCAAACACAUUCAAAACAAAAAUGGAUAGAAUCGUACAUGUAUCAGUGGAAAGCCAAGCAAACUGGCAGAGAUAAAGCAAUGCCUCAUAUAAAAACUUAUACAAGAAUCUCACCCGAUUUGAAAAGAAUACCUUGGUUUGUCCUCACUAGUGCUAAUUUAAGUAAAGCAGCAUGGGGGACGGUUGGAAAAAAUUCUCAUUAUAUUAUGAAUUACGAAGGAGGUGUUGUAUUUAUUCCAAGCUUUAUUACUGGAUCAUCAACGUUUCCCAUAAAGGAAGAAGAACCUGGUGUUCCAGUUUUCCCUAUUCCAUACGAUCUGCCAUUAACUCGAUACGAAAAAAAUGAUUCGCCGUUCGUUAUGGAAUUUUUUUCUACCGAAUAAUAAAUAAAAAUUGCUGAAUAUCGAGAAAGAUAUAGUACGAAUAUUUUAAUUUAUUUAUUGAUUCUAUAUUAUUUUAUAUUUGUCUUCUAUAUUUUUUUAAAGUUUCGAGCAAUGAUGUACAAAUAAUUUUUUUAUAAUAAUAAACUAUAUAUAAUAAAUUAUAAUACGAUACUAAUUGCUUCUACGCAUAACAUGUAGAAAAAAAGCAAUUGUAUAAUUAUGUUUGAGGGCACAAGUUAAAAGUAGAAUGUAAUUGUUCGGUAAAACUUCCGGUAGGCUAAUAGAAAUUUUACGACGUCUGCAAUUCCCACGUUGUACGUGACUUAUUUAUUGAUUCGCUCGUGAUUCGUGCCGAUUUCGUGGUUGCUCGUUCGCGGAUCACGUGUUUUCCAUAAAACAUCAGCAGGAAAGCGUUUUUUGACCAGCUCCUUUUUGAUGUAACAUAGUAUUGUUCGUGCAUGUCUCGCCUUCAAAUAACGUUUGAUGAAGCUUCAUUUGCUCUUCUCCUCCGUACCAAUUACACAAAGCGUACGUUAAAUUUCGUAAAGUAAAUUCACGUAAUGCGAAGAAAUAAAAAAAUUUUUAUACUCUUAAAAAAAAAAAAAAAAAAACGAAGAGUAAU